UACAACAUCAGUUAGUACGGACAGUAACGAAGUAAUGCAAAUGAUUGAAUCUAACAUAGUUCGUAUCAACGAUGCAAAUAUCCUUCAACUAUCCCGUAACUUUCAAAACUCGCUUGGAACUAGCCCUUUAACAUAUAAAAGCCAUAUUUGCCAUAUUUUAUCGACAUCGGGCAUACUAUUAGUUAAAGACCAUCAACAUCCUGAUUUGGCAAAGUUUAUUGACAGCAAUACAACCCACAUAAUGUUAAAAGAUAUCCAUGAACAAAUUGGUAUACACAGCCAACAAUUUUCCAUAGAUAUACUUAUCAAACUAAUGGAAAUUGUUCAACAAUGCGUUGCCAAACAAAUUACAAUCCAACGAUUAUUGGCAUUAAUUGAUGAAGAGAGCAACGCUUACCAAGACAAAGCCAUAUUAUGCUUCAAGAUCCUAAUCGAACAAUUACCAAAUGAUUCUUUUGACGCAAAAGAAUUCGAAUUAACUAUACGGUUAAUUCAACCAAUAUUACUACUGCUGUUUGAAGACAGAGAAGAAAACAUUUAUCUCCGGCGGACUGAUGCACAAACAGAAGAGGACAAGUCCAAUUGUUCUAACAAACGACCUGAUGGUUGUAUAACACUAAAGACAUAUGAAAAGAUAGAUGUGGGCUUCAUUGAAGUCAAAGAAGAGAAGUACUGAAAUGACAAAACUAAAUUGAACAAAGACCUGUACAAACUGGGUGUGUUUUCUAAACAGACAACUGAUCAAAAUCACCUCCAUAGAGUGUUAGAUUUUCAAAUUGCAAAUCUAUUUGUUUUUACUUGAUCCAGCAAUAAUGCAAAGGGUUUUAUACAAUGACCGAAAUCGAUCAUCUCAACGUACCAAAAGACUUGAAAGAGCUUCCACAGCUUAUUGGAUUUGUAGACAGCUUGUGUAAUAUUUUACACGUAUUUAAAACAAGUUGUCGUUAACAAUAAGUAGCUGCUUACUAUCAUGUUUACGCUUAUUUAUAGUUUUGUUUGCG